CAACGCUGUAGACAGAGAAGGAGGAGCAUUUAUCCCAGCUGGAUCAACGGAAGGAUGUUCGGAUCAAGAUCAAUACUAUCACGGCUGCCACUCAGUGGGGCGUUUGCACGAGGAGGGGCAAGAACCAUCGCUCAUGCGACACAACGCUCCAUCAUGAAAGUACCAAUAAUCUCAGUCCCACCAGCAGUCCCUACCUCCACUGCUCCACCAGCACAGACCCAACCCCUUGCCGAGACAAUCCGUCUUCUCCGUUCGCAGCCAUCGCACUACAUGACCGUCCACAUCCACAACCGUCCAUACCUCCUCACCCAAGGUGACACCGUCACUGUUCACCGUCUCAAGGAUGCGCCACUCGGGUCUACCCUCAAAUUGACCCGCGUCUCCCAAAUUGGUUCGCGCGACUACACGUUGAGGGCGUCCUUGGAGGACCAUGAGCACAUGAUUGAUGAGAGGUUGUUUACGGUUAAGGCGAGAGUUGUGGAACACACGAAGGGACCCCUGAUUCUUAUCAAGAAGACGAAAAGGAGACGUAGGCACGUUCAUACCGUUAAGCACAAGCAGACGUACACGGUGUUGAGGAUCUGCGAGAUGAAGGUU